GAAAGCGCACCGCCCGUCUGUGGUCUGUUUUCUGUUUUGGCGGCUGUAAAAGACAACUAAACUGCAACGGUUAACGGCUGUUUUUGCCACCGUGCUCCGCAUGUGACCGAGCGGACAGGGGAGGGGCGGCGUGUCUCGUGUAUUGUACCGUGGAACACCGAGUUCCAGUGAGCGUAGCUGGGCGGCAGCAGCAGCCGCGGCCACACCGACGGAAACAAGUCACCGAGACACAGCGGACACCUCCACCCGGCUGAAAGCUCGCAUCCUCCGGGUUUUAAAUCAGCGUCGUGGGAGCAUAUCCGAGGACAACGUAACUCAGGCAUAUUCUUUAGUGUUUCUCUAACGUUUUGUGGUGUUUUUUGUAACGUCAACUAACCCUAACUUUGCUGUGAGAGCCUGCUGAGCCAAGGACGUCGUCAGUGCAGCAGGAAACGAGAUGAGCACCAAGAGGAAGGCAGAGACCCACUCGAGGGCAGCAAACAGACCACGCAUCAUGAAGUCUGCGGGCUCGCGAACUGAUUCAGAGCGAGACUCUGGAUUCUCAGAUGCAAGCUCAGAGCACAUGAGCAACAUGGACACCACAGACUCUGAGGACUCACCCCGCCCUGUGGUGCAGCAGGGACCGCAGACUUCCUCGCAGCUGGCUGUGGUGGGAGGCUCCUACUCCAGCCUCUCUCCGAUGAUCAUCAUGAACAACGUCCUCCUCAAGCAGCCUCGUGAUAAUCCUCCUGCUCUGAAGCCCUGGGGGUUCAGUCCUACAGUGGAGGUGGUCCAGCCCGUGGUCCAGCCUGUAGUCCAGCAGCCUCAGGUGGUCUUCCUUCAGCCUGUGGUCUCUCGUCAAGCUUCACCUGCCUCCAAAGAAGCCUCCUCUCGACACAGGCGCCCUAAGAAGUAUCUUCCAAUCCUGAAAUCUUACCCCAAGAUCGCUCCACAUCCUGGGGACAGCUCCAGUUCCUCAGGGAGAGGAACUGCUUCCUCCUCCUCCUCCUCCUCCGACCUUGGGGCGUCCUCCUCCUCCUCCUCCUCCUCCUCCUCGUCUUCUUCAGGGUCAGAGAAGGGCAGCAGUUUGACCUCCAGCCACCGGGAACAUUGUUUGAGAGAGAAGCAGCAGAGAAAUCUGUGUACUACUAAAUCAGCCUCAACCACUCCCAGUCUUCCUGUUACCCCCGCCACCACGUCCCCUCUGCUCCAGAGCCGACUCUCUGUCCCCACAACAGAAACCAGGGCCAGCAGCAGUCCUGCCAGGGAGAAGCCUUCAUUAGUUGUCAGCCAGGCCGAGUUUCCCACCUCCCUGUCUGUUACUCACACCACUGGCCCUGUUCCCCGGAUGGUCACCCAGGAGAGCAGCUCGCCAGCAGAAUGUAACCUCAGUGACAGUGACGCUGACAUAAAGAGGAAGCGCUUCUGCAACACAUACAACAUCCUUAGCAAAUCCGGCCUGCUGGACAUUGCGAUGCGCACUAAGGAGCUCACCAGGCAGAACCGACGCACCCAGAGCGACCUGGACCGGCUAAAAGAGCACACAGACCUCUUCCUUCAGGCUCUGUGUAGCGGCGACAACAGCAUUUUUGUAAAGCUGCAGGCCAGCCUUCAGGAGGAGGCUGGAGAGGAGAGGGAGAGAGCUGCCCAGACCAGCUUAAAGGCAGAUUAGACCUAGACUAGGGCGAGAGGGUAAUCCUUCAGACUGAGAUGGGUAAAGGAAGGCCAGUGUUCGGGGGGGGGGUGGUGUGUGUAGAGACAGAUGGACCGAAAGUAAUGUGCUCCUCAAUACACACCCAGCCCCCAACUCUCUCAUUCAGACAGUGUGCUGUGGCCUACAUUUUGGCUGCCGGCUGCCUGAGGGCCCUGACACACCAAGCCGACCUCGAAGAAUCAGUGCAGUUAAAGACUUUUUGUUGCCUCUUUUGUUAAGAGUUGUGCUUGGACUGAUAAAACUGUAGCUGACGGCCAGUUGACAGCGAGCACAUAAGUUUUGCACCUGUGAGAGAGGUGGUCAGCUUUUACAAUCCAGGAAACAUCACUGAGAAGCAAACUACCAUUUUUUUUGCCACUGAAUUUGUGAAACUCGCUCUGAAUUCAUGACGCUCAGAUUAUGAAGUGAGAAUAUCGGUAUAAGGAGUAUAUUAAUACAUAUAUAUACGUUUGGUUAUUUAUAAUGCACUGGGGCAGAGACGGUGCAGUAGAAUGUCAGGCGCAUCGAAAGUGAAACUUAACCGUUCAUUCUGCUGGGUUUAAAACUUCGCUUUCACUUACAAACAUCUGCAUGAUAUGAUUAUAUUAUAAUGAUUUCAAAAAUACAAAACAUGAAAGAACACCCACCGCCCCCCUCGUCGUCAGCUACUGCCACACAUACUGUCAUUCUGUGGGAAACACCGAAUCACGUGUGAAUAUUCGAAGCUUCGAUUUGAUGCGAUGGGACUUGAGGGUGUCGUUCAUACACACUAUCAUGACCUGACUUUGGUAGAACUUGGUGCCACUGCCCUUGUGUUAUAAAGAGGGGGGAGAGAAGGUGGAAGGUGGAUUACUGUGUGCAGUUUUUGUGUUAAUUAUUAAUAACUCGAACACUGUGGGUCAGGCCAGAUCACUAGAUGCAAAGCAAACACCCACAGUUUUCAGCUACAGUUAGACUCACCUGUUUCUAUUCUUUGUCAGACAGUAAAUUUAAUUGCUUGAAGCGGGGGUCAAUGCCCGCGCUGAGGACACUGGCUUCAUUCGUGUCCGACACUAGCCACCUUCUUUCCUCCACCAAUUUACUAGUGAAAAAAAAAAGGGAAGCAUCAGAGGACUGAUUUAGAUUUUAGUUACCAUGGAAAUGAUUAAAGCUUUCCAGCAUGUGGGGCAUGUCUUUAGCUUGUGGACAAAGAAAAUAAUAGAGGUGAAAAAAACGAGAAGAACCCUCACUUAAUCAGUGAAAUCAUGGAUUUGCAGGGUCACUGAGACCUUUCACCAUUUAUUCUGUCCCUGAAUCAACAAGCUUAAUCACCCAGACAGCCACAGAUAAGGUCGAGCAGUGCCAUCAGUGAAGGACACACUGUGAGAAAAAACUAUGUGCGAUGGUCGGCCACACACUGACGGUGCUGUUCGGUAAGCAGCUGCCGACUCGGUGUGUUUGGGACCUACGGUGAAACGGGGCCAAAACCACAGCUCAGUUCUGCUACACUACAGUCUGACUCGACUCUUCCGCUGAAACUGCCUCUCUGUUGCACAGAAAUCUUUUGCUCAUCGGCAAUCAAGAACCUUGAGAGAUUUGGAUCCCAUGCAUGAAGCAGUGAAUACAGCUUUUUGUGUUGUUUUUUAUGCAAAAUUUAAAGACUGCAUAUGUAAACUUUAACAGUGCAUGACCAGGUGUUCUCAUGUAAAACUGAAAAACAGCUGAAAAUGUCUCUCUACUUUGAUUGAAUUCAGUUGACGUUUCUGUUGUUUCAACAGUUUUGCAUCAUUCAUGGUAGUCCUCUCAGCUAUGUUCCACUGACAGACAUCCAGUCAACAGUCAAAGAGUGCACAUAAUCCAAAUUAUUUUAGGCAGCAGUUACAAUUAUGUAAAGUUGAUAAUCAUUAUGACAGGCUUAUGGAAAUGAUCUCGUGUCACAUUGAAUGGCCUCCUGCCAGGCAGCAUCUUAAAACAGACAAAUGUGCCUAAAGUGUUUUUUUUUUUUUAAACUCCUGCUGCAUUUUGAACUUGAUGUGGAAGAUUUGGCACGCCUCGAUGACUGUUUCAAGUUUAUCAUUCCCAUCAUGUUGAUGGCAGCUGUAGUGCAAAGUGGCUGGAAGUGAAGCUCUUAACAGACAUUCAGAUGCUUCCUGGUAACAUCCCAGUGUAAAGAGUGCUUCCUGUUGUAUAUUUAUCACUAACUGGUGUAUGAGUUCUGUCAUUUUUUGUGUGUUUUUUUUAUAUAAUCAUGGAUGUAAUUUAACGUGUAUUGUCUAAUUUAAGUGCAGACUUUUGAAAGCUUUGUCUGUUUUUCACCUGUAUGAAAUGAUCAUUUUGUGAACCACUAAGACGAACAUCAAGUCGAGUUUCUUGAUUGAGACCAGCUCAAAUUUGGGCCUCAUGAGUCCGGAAAAAGUUUGUUGUCCGAAUUAGGAACAGUUUUUGAUGCUUCAUAUAAACUUUUUGUAUGUUUAUAAAUUAUGGCCUUAAUAUCCAAACCUUGUCACAGAGCUUUGCAUUUGCACUAAAGUAAUCUGAGAGCAGCUCUUAAGCAAUUUCUGGGCAGAAUUUAACGGCAGCUACGGUAGCACCUUUUGAGGCAGUCUUUUUAAAUUACUUGAAGUGCAUUGAGAGGCAUCAUAAGCACACUACCAGUGUAUACGUACUAUUCCUAACGGACAGCUGUGCAUAACACUUACAUUGUCCAAUUUUCUUUUUUUUAAUUUCUUGCAGUUUCACACUUUUUGCAUUUUCUGUGUCUUUAACUGUAUUUUAAUAUUUGAUGUAAUAAUUAAAUAUUUUUUUGAUCAUUUUCUCUUCAGUCAGAUGCAACGACAAGUACUAUAUUCUUGGAAUUCAUGUGGAUAUUGUUGUUAAAGGUCCAGUGUGUAGGAUUUAGGGCGAUGUAAUGGCAGAAAUCAUAUAUGAUAAGAUUGUGUUCUUAAUGUAUAAUCGACUGAAAUUAAGAGUUUUCGUGUUUUUGUUACCUUAGAACGAGCUGUUUAAAUGUAAAUGUGGAGCUGUUCCUCGUUCUCAGAGUCAGUCAUGUUUCUACAGCAGCCCAGAAGGGACAAACCAAACACUGGCUCUAGAUAGGGCCAUUUGCAUUUCAUGUCAGCCGCUAUAGUUUACAGCCCCUUAAUGACGAGCCGAAAAGUGUUGUAAAAACACUGAUUUUUAACAUAAACUGCUGUAUUCGGUGUUUCUAAAGGUUUAAAUUACAUGGUCUGUUUGAUUUGGAGCCGAAGAGAACUCUGCGGUUAAUUCGUCCACCAGUAAAAUCAGCCAGCCCGAGCUAGCAGCCCGUCGGCAACACCCGAACAGCAUCACAGACGCACAAAAGUGGGAUGUAAAACUGCUUUUUCAGCGUUUUUACAGGUUUUAAUCACUUGGUCCGUUUGUUUUGGAGAUGAGGAGACCUCUGCGGAAAAUCUGCUCCCGAUAAAAAUGUACAAUGUACAAUGGAGGAACCAGGGGGAAUUUCAGAUGGUUGUAAUCCCCAAUCCUUGCCACUAGAUGUCACUAAAUCCUACACAUUGCUCCUCUAAAGCUUUUCUGUACAGUUAGAAAAUCUUUGAAAUGAUGACGAUGUUUGCCUUCUGCUGAAAUUAGGUCUGGCUUAUCCAAUACUCGAGUGAAAAUAUAUAAAAAAAAAAAAAAAAAAAAAAGGUCGAAGUUUUGUUUAAAAAGCACAACAACAAUGGUCAUGUCCAGCCUUUUUUUAAGAGGUUUACUUUUUCGCUGCCAUCAGCUUUAAACAUAGCACAUGAAUUCAUGAGAGUGGCUACCAUGAGCUCACUGUCAUAUAACGUUUAGGAUAGUUUAUGUAUCCGAUCAUAUGUUUCUGUUCAUAUAUGCUACAUGCUGUUUAAAGAUUGUUGUUGCUGUCGUUGUGAAAUGAUCAUGUUAUGUGACCGCAAUUUUCUGAUAACUCAAAACGGCUAGUUUUGCUUGUACAAUACGACAAGUAAUUUUAUAACACUGGAUUUUGAAGUUUUUAUUCAAAUGUGGGCCUUUUUUCAUUUUAAAAUAUUUGUGAAUAUUUUAUCAAAAUGUUUCAUGAUGGACAAAAUGAUCAUCAGCCCAAAUAAUUGCUGUUUUUUUUAUGUGAAACAAAGGAAUUGUGGUGGAAACACCUCAGUAGAUUUAGGCAGAUUGGAUGUAUUGUGGUUUGCCGGCAAUCCAUUUUCUAUUCUAAAAAUAUAAAUGCAAAACAUCAGUUAUAAAUAAUGAUACUUCAGCUAUAUCAAUCAAAAAUCUCUGCUUGAGAAAGGUUUUGCUGUAACAUGCUUUAGGAAUAUUUUUGUACAUUUACGUUAGAGGCUCAUUGCUGGUGUAAUAAAUGUCAUUCCAAAGAAA